CUGCCACAUAUACGUGCAGAACGUCAAUAUUUUUUCUUUUGGAGACGUGAAAAAUUUUCAGUGAAAAAUUUUAAGUAGCUUCAAAGAUGGGAGAAUUUAAAAGGCAGAGAUCCAAACCAAAGCCGCGACCAAAACCAGUCAUCAACUACCCUCCAGUUCCAACGAAAAAAUGGAUUGCACCUGACCAAAGGCCCAAGAAACCCAAACCUCCUCCUGCAUACAUUAAACCUGAGGGCAUCACUCAGAGAUUGGAGACAUCCAGUUUAAAAAGGGUAUGGAACCAGUACGAGUUUAUAGGAAAAAUUCCUAUACUCUUCGGACAUUUUAGUCAGACCCACAAGAAGUAUAGCUUCAAGACAAAGGGCUAUCAAGGUGCGUGUAACUGUGCUGUGGCUUGUAUCUUUGCACAUAUCUACAAAAUGAACAUGUGGACCAGUUAUCACCUUGAUCAGAUCCUUGAUAUAGGAGACAGCUUAUAUGUCAAAACUAUCACUCAGCCCAGCGAAAACUGCCUAGUAGAAGUUACACCAGAAAAAGUAUUCAAUUCUAUCUUUCUUCGAAACCAAAAAAUCACAAUAGUCAUUGAUGAACAGAGUAGGAUUAUUGAUAAAGUAACUGCCAUUGCUGAAGAUAAAGUGAAAGAAGUGUUCGAUAGUGCAUUAGAUAGAUUCUUCAAAAUGUACCCCUCAGGAAUAUUUUGCAUGCUUGGAAAGUAUGUUGCUAUAUGGGCACAAAAUGAUGCUUGGUAUCUUUUCGAUCCCUGUGAACAUGACUAUUUAGGUGAUCCAUGGAAAGGAAUACCAGGUUAUGGUGUAUCCACCUUGUGCCGAUGCAAAGCUAUGGAAGAUAUGGUGAACUGUCUUUGCAAGAAUAUGAAUACUAAAGUACCUCACACGAAGUUUGAGAUAUUUGGCUGUAUUGUUCAAAGAAUCGUUAAUGUAGAUCUAAUUCCACCAGAAACCUUUGAAGACAUUGCUCCACUUGAAGAGGCAGCUAUAUCACCAGAAGAUAUGGAAGACACGAAAGAGGAAGAACUGGUAGAUGUAAUGCAAGAAAGGCUCGAGCAGUACGUAGAAGAGGGUAAUGCUGAUAUUGAGUCCCUCGUGGUGAAAAUUCAAGAAAUAUCACCAUUAGCUCCUUUGCAAUUUGAGGAAGAUCAGGGGAAGCCUUCAUGGGCAGGAGAUGAAUCGAUUGUGAAAUUGGACGUUUGCAAGUUUCCGGUGCCCCAUAAGGUUCAGCCAGAAAGGCUAACAUAUUAUUUAGAGAUUGAGCCUGAGAAAAUCGGCAUUUUACGAGCAUCCACCUGCCAAACAGACCCUAAGCUGUCAAAAUAUCUUGGCCGACAAAGCAUGGGUAACGCUAUAUCUGUUCUUAUCAUGCUGAGAUUUCACAAGUCCAGAGUAUGGAUACCUAAGAUCCUCAACACGGUGUUGAAAUAUGGUGACCUGUUGUAUCGCGAUGCCAUGAUUACGAUUCCCAGGACGCAGAGUCUCAAACUAUCCAACUUCCAAAAGAAAAUACAGUACGAAGGAAAGAACUUUAUGCCGGUGAUCGACGACUUCGUGGUGAUCGGAAGACUGCAGUCUCAGGAUUUUGAAGUGUUUGACUUAGGGCCUGCAUUGGAGGCAUUUCUUGCUGAUCAUGAUUGCUGUGUGGUGAUUGGCCCUAUCACUCUGGCUGUGUGGGUCGAAGAUGGGAAAUACUAUAUGUUCGAUCCAAAUGAUAGAGACAAGAACGGAAAAGCCAUUGUGAAAAGUCAGUAUGUUGGCAGUGUUCUGGUUCCACUAGAUUAUACGUCUGGUGUGGCUUGUGUCACUUGGUUCAAGAACCUCAAAGACCUAGUUGCACUGUAUAUGAAUAACGUAGAAAAAGCCUAUAAAACAGAUCCAUUUUAUCUCAGCAAGGUGGAAAUUACCGACUACGUUGAUGUUCCUGAUGCUUGGUAUAGUUUCAAAGGGCUUGUUCCUGGAAAAUGGAUACUUAGAGGUACGGUAGCACAAUCUAAUAAAAAAUUCCCUGAAAAAUCAAGGAAUUUCCAAAGUCCGGCAAACUGUCUAAUGGCUAUAACUCUUCAAUACUUGGUACCCAUGAAAGACUGGGACUCUGAAACUGUCGAUCAGGUACUAGAUAAAGGUGACCAACUUUACAACGAAACACUAGUGUAUCUUGAGAAGCAAAGCAUUUUCGAAAGUAAGAUGUUGAUGUUGAAUGAGCUCAACACUGUGUUCAAGUUUCCUACUCAAGAAGCAGUAUUUAUCAUUGACGAAUGCGUUGUCAAUGGUUCACUGAAAGAGGGAAAUGAUCUGCUAAGCUUAGAAAAAGGGCUCGAGAUGUUUUUCAGGGACAACGAUCGGGGAAUAGUUGCAGUAACAAACAUCUCCGUAGCUGUUUGGAGGCACGAAGGAGUGUACUACUAUUUUGACUCUCAUAACAGAGAUGACAAAGGAUUCGUCGUAGGUAAAGUUACGGAACAGCUUGUGUACUAAGAGCCAUCAUGCUCAGAGACAUAGCCACAGCCAUAGAAACCAAUCUAAAAGCCAGCUCCGAAAACAUAUUCAACGUCCACCGCGUUACCGUCCAAUUCUACGAUAGUGGUGCUGAAACGGUCAGACCUCCUUUGAACCACUACAGGGCAAUCACCGACGAUUCUGCCAUAUUGCGGUCGUUGUUCAGCGAGAAGUCAACUAAGUAUGACAUCAAUUGUGGCAAACAAGCCAUACCGAUGUGUCUGACUGCAUUGGCGUUCAAUAAGCUGAAGCCCUCAAAGGAUUGGGAUCAGAAGGACAUCGAUGAGAUCCUCAAUAAAGGAGAUAGGUUGUAUACAGAAACGAUGAAUGAAAUACAGGAAAGAGAAGAGCGAGAAGCACUAACAAAGGAACUAGGGGCCAUCUAUUCAUCAAGGAUGGAGGAAGAAGGAGGGGAAGUCAAUACUGCGCCUUCAGGAACUGCCGCUUCACCAUCUUCCGCUUCUGCUGCGACAUCGGCAAAACCGUCCAUAGCCCAAUCUGAAGCAGUCACUGAAGGAACGGCUGGUGAUGCAUCUGGUGCUUUUGAAGAGGAAGAAGAAGAAUCAAGUGAUGCCGUCUUGAAGUUGGACCAAAUGAGCAACGAGUUAACGCUGGGACUUAAUAAGUUUGUCUUUGAGUUUGAGAAAGUUUUUGCGGAGACAGGGGAAGAAGGUACGGGUGGUGAUAACAUCAGCGAAAAUCUCAAACCUGUACUUAAGGCCUUCUAUGAACACGAGCAAAAUGAAGACUAUUUCAAUCAAGAGGUGAUCUUGGAAACCAAGCCACUUGCACUGGCCAUUUGGAGGGAUGACAAAAGGUUCUAUGUGUUUGAUCCAAUGCCAAGAGAUAAGGAUGGAACAGUUAUCGGCUUAGAAGAUUGGAGUGAGGCUGAAGAAAGACCCGAGAAAGCGUCCAUAGCGGAAUCAGGAGAAGCAACUGAGGAUGAAGCUAAACCAGUGGAUGAAGAAUACAACCCGUUUGAGGAACAUAUAGAGGAUAUUGAAGAACCUGAUCUGGGAGCGGGGGGAGAUCAACCUCCAAAUAAAGAUCAAUUCGUUGAAGGACAGUUUCCCGAGGAACAGGAAGAGGGCAAGGCAGAGUGGAGCAAAGUGGUAUAGAACUGUGUGACAGAACGGUUGCAGAUUCUCAACUGAGAAAAGACUAAAAAAUUUUUUUCAAAAUUGUCAAGCCGCGCUUGUCUCCACGUACUCGACAUCGAAAUUAGUGGGGAACUGUAAAGAAGCUCUUGGCAGCAUAAGGGAUGGAAAUAAAGUAGGACUUCGGAUACUAGGGCCUACAGGUCUGACGGGAAACGAGACAGCCGACACUCUAGCAAAGAGCCUUCAUUGUCUGAGCUAGCGAUCGGCUUCCUCCAGAGAUCAAAGUUACUGAGAGAAAUCUCAAUAGGUGUGAGAUACAAUAGACCGUGAAGGGAUCAGGUACAUAAAGCCCCUCCGUGAAAGUUCAUCAUUCUGGAGAGAACAAGAAAAGGCGGGAAGAGGAUGUGUAGUACUGUUCACAAAAUUGGAUGACAUGGUUGAACACGUAUGUGGAAAAAUACCUCCAAAAGUAGGACAGCAAAAGUCAUUCAAGCUCAAGUCUGCCAAGAUCACUAACGUUAUACUGCUGAAGAGCAAGCUGAGAUCAGAGGAGGAACGGACUGAUGUAUAUUCUGGAGAUUGGUACUUCUUCCAUGAACUUGAAAACGGAAAAUGGAUAAUGAGGGGAAGCAUGAACAUUUGGAACCCUAUGUUCCCUGAAAAGAACCGAGACAAGCAAAUGUUGGCCACUUGUAUCGCUGCAUUGGCCAUCUACAGAAUGUUUACCAUAAUGUGCUUCAACGAUACUACUGUCGACUCCAUAUUGACCUAUGGAGACAAACUGCACACGUUCAUGAAGAAGACUAGGAAGAGAGAACUUAUGGGACUGGUGGAUAAGAAGCUAACGGAAGAUGAAAUUGAUUGGUUAUUGGACAACGAAAAUUUCACUGUAUCGGAUGUUCCGAAAAAAAUUUGCAUCUCCAAAUUCAUGGUUCACGUAACUAUUGAACCUGAUGUAGUAACAGGUGACAUUACUGCACAGGACGAUGAUGAAGAAGUUUUGAACGUGGCGAAGGGUAUUCAGAAAUUCUGUGAGAACUCCAAUAAUCUUGGACUACUGCAAUGCAAAGAUUUAAUGGUUGCAAUUUGGAGAGGUCAGAAGAUCUACUAUAUGUUCGACAGCAGGAACCGUGGACCAAACGGUAUCGUAGCUCAGAAUGGUGUAGCUUGUAUAUUAAGAACAUUGGGUAUGAAAAUACUCGUGGAUACUUUCUUAGCGAAUCUGCCAAAGCAAGGUAGCAACCAUUUUUGUAUCCACAAGGUGGUCAUGGUGAGAGAUAUAUGUGCAAGGCAUAGAGAACCUAAACAACUGGCAGAGCCCAAGCUAGCAGUGACCUCUGGGGGAUUCCAGAGGGUUAUGCCUGGAAAAACAAUUGUACGAGGUACCAUAAGUCAAGAAGAUCCCAAAUUCGGAAAAGGCCAAUACGUAAUGAGUGCUCCUAUAGCAUUUGUUGCUUUGACCAUGUCUUUGAUACAUAAUGCCAGUGUGUGGUCCAAACCUAUCAUCGACGACAUCAUUGAACUAGGACAUGAGCUCUAUGAAGAAAGUCUGUUGACAUUAGACUACGACUACAACCCGUGGGAAGGAGUUAUGGAUGUGCAUAUGGUGAAUAACGACUACACAAUAGGAGUUCUCAAGGCCAACUGCGAAUUACGAAACACCAUUCAGAAAGGAAUCAUUGAUGCGAAGAGAGAAAAUAUACUAAACCUCAGACAAGAUGAUGAUAUCCGUGAAUUAGCAC